AGCAGCUGGUGCAUAUGGAGCUGGCGGAGCCGGUGCAGGUGCAGCUGGAGCAGCUGGUGCAUAUGGAGCUGGCGCGGCCGGUGCUGGUGCAGCGGGAGCAGCUGGUGCGUACGGAGCAGGAGCAGCCGGUGCGUACGGAGCUGGCGCAGCCGGUGCUGGAGCAGCAGGAGCAGCUGGGGCAUACGGAGCAGGAGCAGCCGGUGCUGGUGCAGCAGGAGCAGCUGGUGCGUACGGAGCAGGAGCAGCCGGUGCUGGUGCGGCCGGAGCAGCAGGUGCGUACGGAGCCGGCGCAGCCGGUGCUGGUGCAGCAGGAGCAGCUGGUGCGUACGGAGCUGGCGGAGCUGGUGCAUACGGAGCUGGAGCAGCCGGUGCUGGUGCAGCAGGAGCAGCUGGUGCAUACGGAUCUGGCGCAGCCGGUGCUGGUGCGGCCGGGGCAGCAGGUGCGUACGGAGCUGGCGCAGCCGGUGCUGGAGCAGCAGGAGCAGCUGGAGCAUACGGAGCAGGAGCAGCCGGUGCUGGUGCAGCAGGAGCAGCUGGUGCGUACGGAGCUGGCGGAGCUGGUGCCGGUGCAGCGGGAGCAGCUGGUGCAUACGGAGCUGGCGCGGCCGGUGCUGGUGCAGCAGGAGCAGCUGGUGCCGGUGCAGCAGGAGCAGCUGGAGCAUAUGGAGCUGGCGCAGCCGGUGCCGGUGCAGCAGGAGCGGCAGGUGCGGGUGCAGCUGGAGCAUCUGGUGCAGGUGCAGCAGGAGCAGCCGGUGCAGCUGGAGCAGCUGGUGCCGGUGCAGCAGGAGGGGCUGGUGCAUACGGAGCUGGCGCAGCCGGCGCUGGUGCAGCGGGAGCAGCUGGUGCAUACGGAGCUGGAGCAGCCGGUGCUGGUGCGGCAGGAGCAGCUGGUGCAUACGGAGCUGGAGCGGCUGGUGCAUACGGAGCUGGCGCAGCCGGUGCCGGUGCAGCAGGAGCAGCUGGUGCCGGUGCAGCAGGAGCAGCCGGUGCAGGUGCAGCAGGAGCAGCUGGUGCGGGUGCGGCAGGCGCAGCCGGUGCCGGUGCGGCAGGAGCAGCUGGUUCAAGUGCAGCAGGAGCAGCUGGUGCCGGUGCAGCAGGAGCAGCCGGUGCAGGUGCAGCAGGAGCUGCUGGUGCAAGUGCAGCAGGCGCAGCUGGUGCCGGUGCAGCGGGAGCAGCUGGUGCGGGUGCGGCAGGCGCAGCCGGUGCCGGUGCAGCAGGAGCAGCUGGUGCCGGUGCAGCGGGAGCAGCUGGUGCAUACGGAGCUGGCGCAGCCGGUGCUGGUGCAGCAGGAGCAGCUGGUGCAUACGGAGCUGGCGCAGCUGGUGCAUACGGAGCUGGAGCAGCCGGUGCUGGUGCAGCAGGAGCGGCUGGUGCAUACGGAGCUGGCGCAGCCGGCGCUGGUGCAGCGGGAGCAGCUGGUGCGUACGGAGCUGGCGCAGCCGGUGCUGGUGCAGCAGGAGCAGCUGGUGCAUACGGAGCUGGCGCAGCCGGUGCUGGUGCAGCAGGAGCAGCUGGUGCAUACGGAGCUGGAGCAGCUGGUGCAUACGGAGCUGGCGCAGCUGGUGCUGGUGCGGCCGGAGCAGCUGGCGCAUACGGAGCUGGAGCAGCCGGUGCCGGUGCAGCAGGAGCAGCUGGUGCAUACGGAGCUGGCGCAGCCGGUGCCGGUGCAGCAGGAGCAGCUGGUGCGAGUGCGGCGGGCGCAGCUGGUGCUGGUGCGGCAGGAGCAGCUGGUGCGGGUGCGGCAGGCGCAGCCGGUGCCGGUGCGGCAGGAGCAGCUGGUGCGGGUGCGGCAGGCGCAGCCGGUGCCGGUGCGGCAGGAGCAGCUGGUGCCGGUGCAGCAGGAGCAGCCGGUGCAGGUGCAGCAGGAGCAGCUGGUGCAGGUGCAGCAGGAGCAGCUGGUGCGGGUGCAGCGGGAGCAGCUGGCGCCGGUGCAGCAGGCGCAGCUGGUGCAUAUGGAGCUGGCGCAGCCGGUGCUGGUGCGGCAGGAGCAGCUGGUGCAUACGGAGCUGGCGCAGCUGGUGCCGGUGCAGCGGGAGCAGCUGGUGCAUACGGAGCUGGAGCAGCCGGUGCUGGUGCGGCAGGAGCGGCUGGUGCAUACGGAGCUGGCGCAGCUGGUGCCGGUGCAGCAGGAGCCGCUGGUGCAUACGGAGCUGGCGCAGCCGGUGCCGGUGCAGCGGGAGCAGCUGGUGCAUACGGAGCUGGGGCAGCCGGUGCUGGUGCAGCAGGAGCGGCUGGUGCAUACGGAGCUGGCGCAGCCGGCGCUGGUGCAGCAGGAGCAGCUGGUGCAUACGGAGCUGGCGCGGCCGGUGCCGGUGCAGCGGGAGCAGCUGGUGCAUACGGAGCUGGAGCAGCCGGUGCUGGUGCAGCGGGAGCAGCUGGCGCAUACGGAGCUGGAGCAGCCGGCGCUGGUGCAGCGGGAGCAGCUGGUGCAUACGGAGCUGGCGCAGCCGGUGCUGGUGCAGCGGGAGCAGCUGGAGCAUACGGGGCAGGAGCGGCUGGUGCAUACGGAGCUGGAGCAGCCGGUGCUGGUGCAGCAGGAGCAGCUGGCGCAUACGGAGCUGGAGCAGCUGGUGCAUACGGAGCUGGCGCAGCUGGUGCUGGUGCAGCAGGAGCAGCUGGUGCGGGUGCGGCAGGCGCAGCCGGUGCCGGUGCGGCAGGAGCAGCUGGUGCUGGUGCAGCGGGAGCAGCUGGUGCAUACGGAGCUGGCGCAGCCGGUGCUGGUGCAGCGGGAGCAGCUGGAGCAUACGGGGCAGGAGCGGCUGGUGCAUACGGAGCUGGCGCGGCCGGUGCCGGUGCAGCGGGAGCAGCUGGUGCAUACGGAGCUGGAGCAGCCGGUGCUGGUGCAGCAGGAGCAGCUGGUGCGGGUGCAGCAGGCGCAGCCGGUGCCGGUGCAGCAGGAGCAGCUGGUGCGGGUGCGGCAGGCGCAGCCGGUGCUGGUGCGGCAGGAGCAGCUGGUGCAUACGGUGGCGGCGCAGCCGGUGCUGGUGCCGCAGGAGCAGCUGGCGCAUACGGAGCUGGCGCAGCUGGUGCUGGUGCAGCAGGAGCAGCUGGUGCAUACGGAGCAGGAGCAGCUGGUGCAUACGGAGCAGGAGCAGCUGGUGCAUACGGAGCUGGCGCAGCCGGUGCUGGUGCAGCAGGAGCUGCCGGUGCAUAUGGAGCUGGAGCAGCUGGUGCAUACGGAGCAGGAGCAGCUGGUGCGUACGGAGCUGGCGCAGCCGGUGCUGGUGCAGCAGGAGCAGCCGGUGCAUACGGAGCAGGAGCUGCUGGUGCAUAUGGAGCUGGCGCAGCUGGUGCUGGUGCAGCAGGAGCAGCUGGUGCAUACGGAGCAGGAGCGGCUGGUGCAUACGGAGCUGGCGCAGCCGGUGCCGGUGCAGCAGGAGCAGCUGGUGCAUACGGAGCUGGAGCAGCCGGUGCUGGUGCAGCAGGAGCAGCUGGUGCAUACGGAGCAGGAGCGGCUGGUGCUUACGGAGCUGGCGCAGCCGGUGCCGGUGCAGCAGGAGCUGCAGGUGCGGGUGCAGCAGGUGCAGCUGGUGCUAGCGCAGCUGGAGCAUCCGGUGCAGGUGCAGCAGGGGCAUCAGGUUCCAGUGCAGCUGGAGCGGCUGGUGCAGGUGCAGCAGGAGCAGCUGGCGCCAGUGCAGCCGGAGCAGCCGGUGCUGGUGCUGCAGGAGCAGCAGGUGCGGGUGCAGCAGGAGCAGCUGGUGCAUACGGAGCUGGCGCAGCCGGUGCUGGUGCAGCAGGAGCAGCUGGUGCAUACGGAGCAGGAGCAGCUGGUGCAUACGGAGCAGGAGCAGCUGGUGCAUACGGAGCAGGAGCAGCUGGUGCGUACGGAGCUGGCGCAGCCGGUGCUGGUGCAGCAGGAGCAGCUGGUGCAUACGGAGCAGGAGCAGCUGGUGCAUACGGAGCUGGCGCAGCCGGUGCUGGUGCAGCAGGAGCAGCUGGUGCAUACGGAGCUGGCGCAGCUGGUGCUGGUGCAGCAGGAGCGGCCGGUGCGGGUGCAGCAGGAGCGGCUGGUGCGGGUGCAGCAGGCGCAGCAGGUUCGGGCGCAGCAGGCGCUGCCGGUGCCGGUGCAGCAGGAGCAGCCGGUUCCAGUGCAGCCGGAGCAGCUGGUGCAGGUGCAGCAGGAUCUGCCGGCGCAGGUGCAGCAGGAGCGGCCGGUGCGGGUGCAGCAGGAGCGGCUGGCGCGGGCGCAGCAGGCGCAGCUGGUUCCAGUGCAGCCGGAGCAGCUGGUGCAGGUGCAGCAGGAUCUGCCGGCGCUGGUGCAGCAGGAGCGGCUGGUGCGGGUGCAGCAGGAGCAGCAGGUUCGGGUGCAGCAGGCGCAGCAGGUUCGAGUGCAGCAGGCGCAGCCGGUGCCGGUGCAGCAGGAGCAGCUGGUGCAGGUGCAGCAGGAGGAGCUAGUUCUGGUGCAGCAGGAGCAGCUGGUUCGGGUGCAGCAGGAGGAGCCAGUGCCGGUGCAGCAGGAGCAGCUGGUGCGAGUGCAGCAGGAGGAGCCAGUUCUGGUGCAGCAGGAGGAGCUAGUUCUGGUGCAGCAGGAGGAGCCAGUUCUGGUGCAGCAGGAGGAGCCAGUUCUGGUGCAGCAGGAGGAGCCAGUGGUGGUGCAGCCGGUGGUGGAUCAUCGUCGUCCGAAACCUCCACCUCAGUCACAGAACAGUCCACUGCAGCCGGUGCAGCAGGAUCGGAAUCAAAUCUGUCCCAUGCUGCAGGAUGUGGCGCACAUCAUCACCACCAUCACCAUAUUCCAAAGGAAUAUUAUUAUGAACCUCACAUGGCAUUCGCAUAGAUUCAUUUACCACCAUUGAUACUUUAUUGAAUCCGUAUUUGUACCUACGUUCAGACCCACGUGAACGAAAACUUCUGGGCAUUCACUGUAUCAGUCAAUUUCUGAUUUCAUACUUUGAUUCUACAUUGAACGUUCUCCCUCUGAUAUAAUAAUGUUAUCAGAUCCUAACGUUUUAUAAGUCAUGAACUGUUACACUGAAGCUCAUCAGUUCACGAAAUAUCUUCCUUAACUCUACAUAUACCUUUAAUUUUGUUUUUGUUCGAAUUUAUAUAAUUAAUCCGUCAUGUUUAUAGUCAUCAAUUACCCAUCGUGGGCUAGAAAUAGACGAUCUCAUGUGCAUUGUCCUAAAAUCUUUAUCCAAUUAGUUUCUAGUGUUAGUAUAUUAGAGAAAUCGUGCACAUAAAUAAAUGUUAUUCCUUCAACGCAACCUAAUAUAUCUGAUUACAAGAAUAAAUAUUCACCCGCAUAUCA